AUGGAAACAACAGCGAAUGCGACAGACGGCACUAAUGUCACUAGCUUACCGAAUGCGACAGACGACACCAAUAUCACUAGCCCAGGAACGGCUCCAUUGAGAGCGCGUCUCCCCGUAAAGCGUAGUCACCUUGAAUCUGAGGAUCAAUACGAUCAAGAUUCGGAUGUCUCCGAACUAGAAAAACAGAAAGAUGUCCCCACACUGGAAAUACGCGCCGAGCAGGAGAUUGCUUAUCGCUACGGAGGACGAGCGACAUUCAUUGACGAAGGGCUCACAACUGAAGCAACUCCCGAUGGACUCUCCAGUUCGGAUUCGGACAGAAUCGAUACAAUAGCAGUCCUCCAAGAAGGUCGUGAAACGAUCGGAAAGCCAUGCUCGGUAGAACAUAUGUCGUAUGUAGCAAGAAACGAGGAAGCCGGUUGUACAGGUGCCGUUGAGUUCUCGAACGAGGUGUGUGAAGCAUUCUUCAAGUGCAUGAGCGGUGGUGAAAUGUUGCUGAUCUGUAGGAAUAUGUAUGUGUGA